GAGAAAAGAAAAGAAAACCGAACCCCACGAGUAAACAUAGGGACCAAACAAGAAAAUGAAGCUUCAGAAGAAGCAACGGCAAGCGGCAUGGCAAGGUUCGAUGGCAUCGAUGCCAUGGACACCGUCGUGCUCCACCACGCGCCGACGGUGCUGAUUGAAUCGAGCGAGGAUUAUCGACCGGUGGGGUCGUACGACGAUGCGAGAUAUGUUUGUUGGAUUGAGUCGAGAAAGCUUUGGAGAAUUGCUGGCCCUAUUGCCUUUAAUAUUUUGUGUAAUUAUGGAAUGAACUCAUUCACCAGCAUCUUUGUUGGCCAUAUUGGCGAUUUGGAGCUCUCUGCCAUUGCCAUUUCCUUGAACGUCAUUUCUAAUUUCUCGUUCGGGUUCUUGCUCGGGAUGGGGAGCGCCCUCGAGACGCUAUGCGGGCAGGCAUACGGUGCGGGUCAAAUGAACAUGUUAGGAGUCUACAUGCAACGUUCAUGGAUAAUUCUUUUAGGCACAUGCGUCAUUCUACUUCCACUCUACAUUUACGCUACUCCAAUCCUCGAGCUCCUCGGCCAAGAGCCUAAAAUCGCGAACAUGGCGGGGAAAUUCUCGAUUCAAAUAAUCCCACAAAUGUUCUCUUUGGCCAUCAACUUUCCGACGCAGAAAUUUCUACAAGCUCAGAGUCGAGUUGGGAUAUUGGCAUGGAUUGGGUUCGGGGCGCUGUUAGCUCACGUCGGACUUUUGGUUUUGUUCAUCAAAGUGUUCGAUUGGGGUAUCGCCGGAGCUGCGGUGGCGUACGACGUGUCGGCAUGGGGAAUCUCCAUUGCUCAGGUGGUUUAUAUUCUUGGGUGGUGUAGUGAAUGCUGGAAGGGCUUCUCAUGGCUGGCUUUCAAGGACUUAUGGGACUUUAUGAAGCUUUCACUUGCUUCGGCGAUUAUGCUUUGCUUGGAGAUUUGGUAUUUUAUGACCAUAAUUGUCCUUACUGGCCACCUUGAUGAUCCCAUUAUUGCCGUUGGUUCGCUCUCAAUUUGCAUGAAUCUAAAUGGAUGGGAAGGCAUGUUGUUCAUAGGGAUCAAUGCAGCCGUAAGCGUUCGUGUCUCGAACGAGCUCGGAUUAGGGCAUCCAAGGGCAGCAAAGUACUCCGUCAUCGUGACCGUCGUCGAGUCACUCUGCAUCGGGCUUCUUUUCGCAGCGCUUAUCUUAGCAACGAAAGACUAUUUCGCAAUCAUAUUUACAGAUAGCAAAGAGAUGCAAGAGGCAGUUUCUAACUUGGCCUUCCUUUUAGGUAUAACAAUGGUGCUCAACAGUGUUCAACCAGUGAUAUCAGGUGUAGCUGUUGGAGGAGGUUGGCAAGCUUUAGUGGCUUACAUUAACUUGUUUUGUUAUUAUGUUGUUGGCCUUCCUUUUGGCUUUCUUCUUGGCUACAAAACAAGUUUAGGCGUCGAGGGCAUAUGGAUUGGUAUGAUAUGUGGGACAUUCUUGCAGACAAUAAUUCUUCUGUUUAUUGUUUAUAAGACCAAUUGGAACAAGGAGGUAGAGGAAACGACAGAGAGAAUGAGAAGGUGGAUGGGGAAGGACGCGGUGCCCUCUGAUCCCACGUAA